CUCACCAUCGACACAAACACAGUAAACAGAAAGAUCAAACUGUCUGACAACAACAGGAAGGGGACACAUGUGGAGGAGGAUCAGUCAUAUCCUGAUCAUCCAGACAGAUUUAACCCGUGUCCUCAGCUGCUGUGUAGUAAUGGUCUGACUGGUCGCUGUUACUGGGAGGUCGAGUGGAGAGGAAGGGUUGAUAUAUCAGUGAGUUACAGAAAAAUCAGAAGGAAAGGAGACAGAGAAAACUGUUUGUUUGGAUGGAACGAUCAGUCCUGGAGUUUGAUCUGCUCUGAUGAUGGUUACUCUGUCUGCUACAAUAACAGAAAGACACCUGUCACCUCCUCCUCCUCCUCUUCAUCAUCUUCCUCUGUCUCUGACAGAGUAGCAGUGUAUGUGGACUGUCCUGCUGGCUCUCUGUCCUUCUACAGAGUCUCCUCUGACUCACUGAUCUACCUCUACACCUUCAACACCACAUUCACUGAACCUCUGUAUCCUGGGUUUGGAGUCUGGUAUUCUGGUUCCUCAGUGUCUGUGUGUAGAGUGUAG